CGCGUGAAUGAUUGAGUAGCCGUUGCGCCUAAUCCACCGAACACUACAAAUACAACAAACAAUCAACGUUGUUUCAAUCUUUCUUUGUUUCUCAAUCUUGGUUAUUCUCAAUCUUUCUGUCUUCUCAAUUUUUCUGUCUUCUCAAUUUUUCUGUCUUCUGUUCUGAACAAACGACAAUAACAACAACUUUGUUUCGACCUCUCAUUUCUCUCUAAUAAUCUUUUUCUCAAUCUUUGAUGUGUUCUCUUCUGAUGGACUCACCACAUUCAUCACCAUGUUCUCAGAUUUCAUUUACGUCACCCCCAGCGGCACGAAACCUAAUAAGAAACGAAAGAUACAGUUUUUAGAUGAUGAGACUCCUCACAUGAUCACACUAUCGUCACCUCAUCAUACUUCCUCACCACCGCAGAAAACACGCUUACGGUUAAUGGAUGAAAUUAUUUAGCUUGGUGAGAUGCGAUUAGAACUGUUUCGUCUCAUCAACAACACUCAAGAAGCUAUGGAUGCUGAAAGAAAGAGGAAAAUCGCAAUCUUGAUGUCAUUUAGAUAAUAACUAACAACUUUUUAUUCAUUUCAAUUGAUUUUGUUAGACUUGUUGGUCACUGUCAGUUUUACUUGAUUGUCAGAGUCUUUGCAGGCAGGUAUCACAACCUUGGUAUGCUCACAUCAUGAAUAUAUCAAAAUCAGUCUUAAAGUCAUUACAGAUACUACUUUCCAAAUACAAUGAGCUGUUUCUGAGUGGAAUGGAUGAACACAAGGCACUGGCUUUGGGACCUGAAGGGCCACUUGUGGAAGAGUUUUGGGACAACGUGAGAAGGUAUGGAUUGUAUGCACUAACUGUUAGUACAGGUGCUAUUUAUACAAUCAUGGUGCCUAUAUUUGAGCUUCUCAAGAAUCCAAUAACUGCGAUUCUUAUUGUGGCUAUUUUUGGUGGUGGGUUUUACGUUGUUUCUCAGUUUCUUUCUGCUAUGGUUGGUAUUUCGGAUUUUAGUUAUGAUUAUGGAAACUAGACAUAUAGAUUCAUAUGUAGAUAGAUGAAAAAUCAAUUAUUAAUUAAGUUUAUGGAGGCUUGGUAUGUAUUAUGUAGUAUAAUUUUGCAUGCUGCAAGGUGAUUUUGAUUAUCUGCUUUCUGCUAUCAAUUAUGUUGUGAUAUGGUUGCAUUGGUUUAAAGGUAUAUUUGGUUGUUACAAACAUGGUUGU